AUGAAGCGAGAGCGUUGCAGAAGUGACCGUACAUUUUAUGUAUCAAAUGAUACAAAGUUCUCUACACCAUCAAUAUCAUCAGCAUCGCUUGAGACAACACAGUCAAAGUUGUGUCCUUUGAAAGAUGAGGAAAGUAACGAGUAUCACUCGCACAAGUCUCAGUUCAUGUUGGAUAUCCCCGUCCUCUCGAAAAACAAGAAGUUCGUCUUGGCAGGCUGGUGGUCAGCGACUACAAUGAAUGGGGAACUCUCAUCAUGUCGGCAAUCUCCCUUAGAGGUCGACUUUGAUCUCCUUCGACUGCUCUUUGCGAAGCAUCGUGAUCAACUAACGAUGGUCGACCAACUCGCUCUUUGA